UUUUACUGUCGUGAUCCACUUUCCCCAAUCCCUAUCAAUCCAUCCAUCCCGCCGCCAGACGAAACACUUUCACCAAUCCCUACCCAUCUCAUCCCUGCUGCUUGCCGUCGAUCUCCACUGCUUCGACGGCACCAUGGAGAACUGCUCUCCGACGCGCGCCUCCAGCAACGGCGUGGGCAAGCUACCUCCUUCUCCGACGAGGGAGAACGGCGUGACGAACCGUUCCCCGACGCGCGACCCUGGCAACGGCAGGAGGAAGCUAUCUCCGUCUCCGACGAGGUCGUCCGACCCGGAGCAGAGGAAGCCCUCUGCCUCGCCUCCGCCGCCGCGCGUCCCCAAGUGGCUGAUCCUCGACCGCAUCGUCCACCGGAGCAGCAGGAGGCAUUGCGGGGUCGUCAAAGACGACGCCACGGCCUCGGCGCUGGCCCAAGACUGCGCCGCCCGCCCUGUCCGCGCCUCCCUCAGGAUCGCCGACCCUCCCGCAGUCUCCCGUCUCUACCUCCACCUGACUGGCAGGCCGGCGAUCAGCUUCCAGGAGCCCACCGCCAUCGCCGCCCACCGCAACUCCAUUCUCUUCCGGCUUACUGCCCCCUUCGAGGAUCCUAUGUGGUGGCACGACCGCUACUCCUUCCCCAUUGACUACUUCGUCUACUCCUGCCGCUCCUCUUCACCGCCUUCACUCACUCUGCUUCCCCCCUGCUUCGACGAUGGCCACAUCAACCCCCAGCUUGAUAAGCUCUGCACACCACAUCGGCGACAGCAACAGCGCACCAUGUCGCCCGAAGAUAUGGGUAUCCUCUGCCAUGGCGACGAAGGCGAGUUCACGGUGGCAGAACUCACGUUUUCCAAGCGCUAUGAGAUUGAGCUAUGCCUGCUGCACAAUCCACCUCCUGCAGGAUCUUCAAUGGAAUGGAAUGUUAAGAAGGUGCAGAUCCCUCCUGACACCAAGAUAAGCACCUACUUGUGGAUGACUGACGCCGUCUUCCCCAUUGGUUCAUGCUUGUGCUGGGUCGACAACUACCAGGGCAUGCUGGCCAUUGAUGUCCUCACUGACAGCAACAGCAACCCAGAUCAUCAGCAAUGCCUCCGUUACAUCCCUCUGCCUAAAAAAGCUUUGAAGUCUCAGCGCCUGUACAAGGAUGCAGGCGAACCUGAUCCGUUGCGCUCUGUCUGUGUCACUGACACUGGCAUCAUUAAGCUCGUCUGUAUUCUUAUCGAAUGUCCUCCUUUCACCAUAAAAGCAUGGACUUUGGAUGACAUCCAUGAAGGCAGAUGGACAAUGGAUCUCAGCAACACCAUGGGAGCAGAGGAGUUCUUCUGUCUUCUUGGCACUGGCCAUAGUUGCCUUCCACAGGUACAGCCAAGUUUUCCUUUGGUUAGCUUGGUUGAUCCAGAUGUUAUCUGUUUCCUGCUUGAGGACGAGGACCGUGGCCUUUUCUGGAUGAUUGAUGUCAACAUGAAGAACAAGAAGCUGCUGUCAAGCGCCCUCUAUAUCAGUGAAGAGGAAGAAGAAGAUGGAUACCCCCCUAAAAGAGGCCGCAGGAACAAUUUCUUUGGUCAUUGCUUCAUCCGCAGCAAGUUCUCCUCUUACUUGAGUGAGAAUGCCAUCACAAGCCGGGACCUAAGUGAAAAGGUGCAGAAGACAAAAGAGGAUAGAGUGAUGCAGCAGAAGAGUCGACUAGAAGCCCAAUUGGAGUGAUUUACUGGAUGCAUCGGCAGUGCAGUGUGUUGGAGCAAGAUAUGGGCAUCCUCCGCCAUGGAGACAAUGGCGCGGCGUUGUCGAGGUGGGGCAACUCAUGUUUUCUGAGAUGAUGAGUUUGAGCUCUGCCUACUGCACCAUCUAUCUCGUGUCUGGCAUUUCAACCAAAUGGAGUAAGGAAAGUGCAGAUCCCUUUUGACAUGAAGAUAAACACCUACUCAUGGAUGACUAACGAUGUCGAAGUGCCCAUCUGCCAAUGCUUAACGGUUGGCCCGUUCAAGACUAUAAAUCCUCGACGGUUUUAGAAUUAUACUAUUAUGUGAUAAAUUAGAAUCCUAAUUGAUCUGAUGUCCCACAUGUGAGCCAAACUUGCACACGAGCUUAUAUGUUACAUUUAUUUGAUGUUGUUCAAAAUUUGAUCUGGUCUUUGUUUUCAUGGCGGUCA